UGGAUAAUCUCUCUCAAUAGCCAGCCAAUCGAUCGGUAAAGUAAAACUCUCAAAAGCAUGACUAGUCUCGUUUUACGAACCGCGAUACUCAACGAUUAUGUAAUUUAACAGCAAAUACACUGCUAAUGAAUGACGGACAAAAUAAACAAUGUGUACAAUCAAGGUGUCUAAUAAAUCAGUAAAAUGCUGACUAAGAUGAGUUUAUAAAAGCAACUCAUGAGGAAAUUUAAUAGAAGAGGAUGCCAUUCCAGGUUAUGUAAAUAAAAGUUGCGAGCAGAACUCGAGCGAGUCUGUCCAAACUGCAACUAAUAGAUAAAAAAGGUACGUACGUUCCCUUUAAGAGGGAGCCCUAGGCCUGGGCUACGGAGAAGUCAAAUUUGUUUGGGAAUAACGAGGAACAAACAGAACAGUGUCCAAACUUUUAAUAUCGGCAGUACGCGAAAAAAAAAAAGAUAAUUAAAAAGAAGAAAAAAAAAACACAAACAAGCAACCACCGAAGCGAAGGAGUAUGAAGAGGCCAAACACUGUAUUAAAGAAAACCUUGCGAGUGGAAGUUUGAAAAAGUGCUCGCUUGCUCCAUUCUUCACUCCCCAGUCGAUGCUAAUUUCUGCAGUCUUGAUCAGUGUACCUUGGCAUCUGACAAAGUGAAUAAACAGAUAUGUAAAUGUCACCGUUCAGUCAUGUUCUCAAUAAGUGCUCUGCGUGUUUUGUUUCUGAAACAGUUGGUAUAACAAUCCUAUGUGCUGCUUGGACAAGAACCAUUACCACGACUAUCUUGCUCAUUUUCUGAAUUUUCAGUCGCAGUAGCCACAACAACCACAACCAAAGCCUUCAGUUCCUCUUUUGUCAUCUCUUCCUUCCGCCCUGAGGGGGCCUGCUGUACGGCAGUAGUACUCACCUGUGCAGUCAGGAAGUUGAACACCUUAUUUUUUCACACUAAGUAAUUACUGACUUAUUUUCUCACAUUUAGAGUUUUGAAUGUGCGAAGUAAUUAGUGCCAGUUAAAGGGUGAACUUCUACCUGUUCUGUCUGCCAGUCAUUAUUUCUUUCCCGGUAUCUGGGAUGAGGCACCUGUUGAACAUAAACAGUUUUCUGAGACGCAGUAAUUAUGUUUAAAUAAUUUUCUUCAAAAAGGGAACGUAUUCUCUUGAGAAUCACUAGGCUUUGUGUACCUGGUGUAAGGACAAGAGCAACUCAAAACCAGUAAACCAUGAAAGUGACCGUAUGCUUUGGGAAAGUUGGGAUUGUUGUCCCCUGCAAGGAUGGGAAUCUUACAGUUGGGCAGCUUCUAUAUCAGGCCACUCAGAGAUACAUGAAAACGAGGGAGAAGGAUACCAGAGACUGGGUGAAGAUUCAUCAUUUGGAAUAUACAGAUGGUGGAAUUCUAGAUCCUGAUGAUGUCCUUGCAGAUGUUGUAGAAGAUAAAGAUAAGCUCAUUGCCGUUUAUACCGAGCUAGAGUCACAGAAUGAUACUCGCCUCACCAAUGGCAGCUUGACAGAGAGACCAAGCCUAGAUGUGUUUGAGAAUGAGUUGGCUACUCAUCAUGUACCUUUCCAUUCAGCUGGUAGAGAGAUCGAAGUUACUACUUCUGCCCUUAAAUCAAGUACACCGCUGUUGGUCCGAAGAAGCAGUGACCCAGCCUUAGCUCCUCCUCUUGAAUUCUACCAUUCUGAGAGCCAACUGAAACCUUCAGCCAUGGUGACAGACAAGACAUCGUUUGAAGAUGGUGGAGAAGACCUUGGUGGGAGAUCUGAACAGCCAUCAUUCAUAAAACCCAAGAUUACAUUUACUGAUACAACAAGGAAGGUGCACAUAUCUGGGGAAGGCGACCCUCUAGGAAUCCACGUUGUACCCUUUUGCUCAUCUUUUAGUGGAAGGCCUCUAGGACUUUUCAUCCGGAAUGUUGAGGAGAACAGCAGAUCCAGGAGGGAAGGCCUUUUCAAAGAAAAUGAAUGUAUUGUAAAAAUUAAUGGCAUUGAUUUAAUGGAUAAAACAUUUACGCAAUCCCAGGAAAUAUUUCGACAUGCAAUGAAAUCUGCUUCUGUUGAGCUGGCAGUUGUUCCUGAAUACAGUCGAGAACACUACGAGAAGUCUGCCAUCGGUCCACUUUUCAGUAUUAGAAAUGAAGAUGGUGUUCUGAAGACAAAGGUGGCACCACCAGUCCCUCAGAAACCACCAGUAAAGAAUUCAGAUGUGGCAGGAAUCCAGAAUACAGAACUUACAGGAUCUUUAGCUAUGUAUCAGGGAAGUACCUCUCCAGCAAAAAGUAGCAGCCCAGUCACACUGGGAUGGACGUCUCCCUCUUCCACUUCUCCUCUGGGUGGAUUUGGCAACAGGAAAAAUGGGAAAAAAGUCCGGAUUGACUUGAAGAAAGGUCAAGAAGGAUUGGGUUUCACUGUAGUUACCAAGGAUGCUUCGGUACAUGGACCUAGUCCUGUUUUUGUAAAAAGCAUCUUACCAAAGGGUGCAGCAGUUAAAGAUGGCAGACUCCAGUCUGGAGAUAGGAUUCUGGAGGUAAGAGGCCAGAGUAUGCCUGGUAGAAGUAGAGAAGAAAUGAUUGUGAUGCUGAAGGCAUCACAUCAGGGAGAACUUUCUGGGCUUUUCAUCCAGAAAAAAGGAGGUCAUUUCAUCCCAAGUGAAACAAAAGGAGAACCUGACAUAAUUCCCUCACUAGAAAAUAAAGAACAGCUGAUGUUUGAAGUUCCACUUAAUGAUAGUGGUUCUGCUGGUCUGGGUGUGAGCCUUAAAGGAAACAAAUCCAGAGAGACUGGAUCUGAUUUGGGAAUAUUCAUCAAAUCUAUCAUCCAUGGAGGUGCUGCUUAUAAGGAUGGACGAUUAAGAGUAAAUGACCAGUUGAUAGCUGUCAAUGGAGAAUCCCUUUUGGGUAAAUCGAAUCAUGAUGCCUUGGAGACACUCCGUCGUUCAAUGUCCAUGGAGGGUAAUAUUCGUGGAUUGAUUCAGUUGGUAGUUGCCAGGAAGCAAGACAGACAACUAGAGGAUCCUUCUGAAAAUGUUUCUAGUCAUAAAUUUGUCACCGAAGAAAACCAUGUCACAUUAGCCAACAAUAAUAUUUCUCUACCCCAUUCUAAAGGUUUGAACAACCUCUAUGAAAAGGUACUAGCAGCAACCCAGCUGUUGAGUGAUAACGAGAGUGAAGAUGACUCAGUUCCAUUACUUCCACAACAUGGAGAAGAAAGAAUUGCAUGGUCAUCUCAUCUUGAGGAAGGUCAUCUGAGCUCUGGACUCGACCCAAAUUCUGCUGGCAGUAUUACCUACACAACUUCUAGACCUUUCAAACCAGAAAACCAGCCUGACUUGUUAACAGUGAAGGGCUCCAAGAGCAUGGAUUUGGUCGCCGAUGAAAGCAAAAUCAGUUUAUUGAGCAUAAAGGAAUCUGUACCCCCUAGGACAGAUUUGGGUCCUACCCUUGGCCUGAAGAAAUCCAGCUCUCUAGAGAGUUUGCAGACUGCAGUGGCUGAAGUGUGGAAGAACAGUGUACCCUUCCACAGACCUCGUCCCAACAUGGUCAGAGGACGGGGCUGUAAUGAGAGUUUUCGAGCUGCUAUCGAUAAGUCAUAUGAUGGGCCUCCAGAAGCAGAUGAUGAUGACUUUUCUGACCUGAGUUCCCACUCAGGCAGGGAAACUCCAGGUAUUGAGACAGCUAUGCAGGAGCAUCAAGAAUCUGAUGAUACAGAUAGUAAGACACAAAAGAAAAAAGAUAAAGAAAAGAAGAAGGUCAAAAUAAAACCUAAAGGGAAGGAGAAGGAACAGAAGAAGAAAAAAGAAGACAGUAACGAACAAGAAAAGAAAGCCAAGAAGAAAGGUUUUGGGGCAAUGCUAAGAUUUGGUAAAAAGAAGGAAGACAAAGUAGUAAAAGUAGAACAGAAGGGACUGCCUAAAGGAGGAAAGGCAGAGGUACUGAGUGAAGGUGACCUGGAGAAAAUGAAGGAAGAAAGGGAAAGGAUAGAAGCCAAGCAUCAGGCAUUGCGAGAGAAACAGGCAAGAGAGCAAGUGGAUUACUCCAUGCUGCAGGACAUGGAAGAUGAUGAGUUUGAUCCGGACUAUGCCAGAGUGAACAACUUCAGGGAAAUGCCACCAUCCCAGGGCAUCAUACAACACUCACCUCAGGCCAUACAUUAUCAGAGGGAGGUCAUCACAGAGCAGAACGACCUGGAUGGACUGUAUGCUAAAGUUAACAAGAAACGUGCUCCGCAACCCACAACUGCUGACAGCCAUCAAACCAGUGGAGGCACAGAUCGGAUCCAGCAGCUGCGACAGGAGUAUCAGCAGGCAAGACGAGAGGCUGGAGUACCAACAUAUGAAGAAAUUGAGGGAAGGCAGUGGCCCCCUGACGAACUCGCAAGGGUCCCUGGACGAAAUGUGGACAUUCAGCAGCCUGUUCCAAGGACUGAUGAUAUGGAAUGGCACUAUGCCUCCUUACCUAGGCGUGGGCCUGUUGAAGCUGAAGGUUACAUCACAAAGCCUCGAUCAGUAUAUGGAGAAAGGGAGCCACCCCACUAUCCAGGAGCAGUGCUUGCUGGGUACCAUCAGCGUGGCAAUUAUCCUCAUUUUACAGACCCAAGAAGACCAGAGUAUCAGAACUACAGGGAUCGAAGUUACCACUUACAUAUGCAACAGCGAGGGCCUUUCCGCCAAGAUGUUCCACCCUCUCCACCCCAGUUACAAAGACCUUCCCAGUACUCGGAUAAUGUCGCUAAAGUAUGAUACCAUGAAAUAAGAUCUGACCAACUUCUGCAUGGCAAUCCGGAUGAGCAAAACAAUGACCCAAGGCAAAAUAAUACUGCAACAGCAGUUAAAUGACACACAGACACUCCAAUAUAAAAAUGUUUGAGACUGGAGAAGUUGAUAAAAAAUAUUCUCAUUUUGAUCAUGUCAUAUGUUCUAAGAAUACCGAAAAAGGUGUUCUCAAAAUCCCCAUCUCAAGAGAAAGGAGAAUGUUUACAUAUAGGUAAUGGCACAGAAUGGUACAAUUUAUGAGUAACUGGACUGUAACUACUGACCAUGCAAAAGCAUACAUCAUAUAAUGGUACGACUAAAAAAGAAAGAAAAAUGAAAGUUGCACAUAGCUAGCAUUUUGUUAUUCAUUUAGUAACCAGUUUCAUCACAAGUGGAAUAACAAAAUGGCCAAAAUACUCACCAGUGUAUUCUUUAAGUAUUAUGUAUUUCUUGCAUCAUCAAAGGUAUUAUUAUUACUAUUAGUAUCAGAAGCAGUACCAGCUCCUCAUCUCUGUUGCUUGCCUCACUAUUUGCUUACUUGUUUUGUCCACAGCUGCUUGCAUUUUAUAGUAGGGUGGUAUUUUUUAAUCUGUACUCAGUAUAUAACAGCAGUGAAUUGCAGUGAACACCACAUCUGCUCACCUACACUUCUUAUAAGACUUUGGACAUUUUUGCUGUUUGUUAAAGUAGGGUAAUUUACAUAUGUGCUGUCAAAUCCUGAGCCUUUUCCAAAAGAUGUGUUCUUUAGGGACCAAAAUAGCAUGGCGCAUUAAUGGGUACAGAAGAAAGUGCCAUGCCCUGCUACCAUUUGCACUUUGUUGUGAAGUAGAGGGAUUCUUCUUCACUAACUGACCAAAUGACAGAAUGUUUAAUAUGUGGAAUGUAUUGUAUUAGAAAGCUGAAAAAUAUUGUUUUGUUAGUGUCCCGUGACUGUUUGACCGAUGAAUAUUCAAGAAGAGAAAACAGCCUACCUGUGUAGGUGUAAGCAACCACACUCAAAAAAAUGGAGGAAUACAAAAAUACCACCAUAUACCUGUA